AAUUGUGAAGCCUUAUCAAUCUUUUGCUUCCUUUUGUUUCGCGGCGCAAGGUAUCUAUUGUUGCGCUUGUAAAUUGAACUUGUUAUCGUAGGAUGAUUACGGUAGAAAUUACCGAAAAAAGAUAAGAGCCGGUGGGCAAUGUAAACUAUUGCUAAACUGUAACCCUAAAUAGCCAGGUUGUGGCACAAGCACGCUUUUGGCACGAUUAUACGCGCGAGAAGUAAAUUUGAAACUUUACAAUUAUUGGGUAGAAUUUGAAGAAGGGUUUUAUAAUCACUCACAAUAAUUUCCAUAGUCAUUUUGAGUUAACAUUUUGUCGUCAUAUUAACUCUACUAGUAAAAAUAGUAUCAUAUAUAUAGCGUACAUGAAGCGAACAUGUGUUUUGUAGACUUGGAAGAAUUUUGAGUAGGUCAUUCAUACGGAAAAAUAGGGAAUCGUGUAUCUUACUCUUUACAAAAUAAACAAAAUAUUUACUAGUUUUACAGAAAAUCUCGCCACCUGUGGCUGCAAACAAGGCUGCAGUAUGCCGAGUUUUGGAUUUCACUAUUGUAGCCUACCUCAUAGUAAACCCUUUUAUUUUACAGAUGCUAAGUCCAAAAAUUAUCGCAUUCUACAUAUUCCCAUUUCCUCCCAUUUUGCGCAAAAACCUCUCGCGCCAACAGAUGAUCCGAAGCGAUGUGAUUGUAGGUCAAUUUAAGGGUAGGUUCUAACAGAAAAUAGAAUAUAUGGCGAACUUAGUAAUUUUGCUUUCCAAAAAUGGGACCAACGCGUCGAAACCUAAACGCUUGUUCACUAGCUAGACGAAUCCAAGUUUAGCGGUCAGAAACAAGAUAUCGAUAAGAUCAUGAUGAGUUCAAAACGUAGUGAGCCCGGUACCUCGCGAUUGUUGUCACGCCGUGCUAUAUACUUGAUAACAAACAAGUUUAUUGUCAACUAGUAAACCAUAUUUGCUGAAUCUACAUUUUAUUUCAAAUAAGAUUAGUGGCAUUUUACCUGUUAUCUGAAUAAACAGCAUAGUCGGGCAAUACACUAAUAACCAGCACUAAACAACACAACACCUACACUGACAUUAUUGAAUCCAAGAUGCAUUGCCUCACAAAAAUACUGCCAACGCAGUACUGCAGUAAUAACGAAAGCGACCAAGAUAUAACUGUCGGCCGACCAUAUAUCAUAGUCCAACAGUCUGGAAAUCGUCAAUCAAACGGACAAAUUAAAAAGUAAAGCAACAAAAAACCGCGCGUGAUAAAUUACGCGUUUGAAAUAUAGCGUCUGAUUGGCUGCUCAUUUUAACCAGUGUGCGCGCGCAUUAUUGACUAAUGCCACGCCUCCAAUGUCGGGGGUUAUUACCAACAUUUGUCGGUGAAUCAGUCUACCGACCUCAUUUUUUAUUUUUUACCCCUAAAAUGACGGUAAAAUUUACUGAACAUUUCUUAGAGCGUAAAUAACAACCAAGUUGUUUAUGUCGAUAACUUUCAUAGGAUCCUUAGACAACAUCGAAGGGCAAAAACCGUUCGUGUGCCAAAAACACUAAACAUUGUUGCUAUUUAAAAACUUAUAGUUAUGAUCAUAUUACGUUUACGUGGCCUUCUAUGAUUGCUCGGAAAUUCGGGAGAUCGGGUCAUGGCCUUCAAUCCACCUUCAAACAUAAUUGGUACUGUAUUCACAAAAUACUUCCAAAUUGAUAGUAGCGUGAUACGUAGGUACUAAUAUUUCAGCAAUAGCAACAACAACUAUCGGUAUUAUUCUUUUUUAAACCCUCGACUUGAAAUUACCUAUUUUUAGUUGUGAAUAUGCUAGGACUGUUUAACUUUAUGACGACUUGUUGUAGGAAGCUACCGAAGACUAAGAAACUACAACCCUUUUUGAUGUGCUUCAAAUAUUUAUACUCUCGUCCUAAUGAGCAAUAAUAUAGUGUUCAGUCGAAAUUUACCCUAAUAACCGUCGGGUAAGAGCAAACACUUCGGAUUUCCGUGUCAAAGAAAACAAUAAUCAUCAAAGAAUAUGUGGAAGGAAACAUAUUAUGUCUUAGCUACCGCGAGAUAAAACUAUUUCGUCUCGCCGAAUUAAUACCGAGCGGAAAAGGAAAAUGCGCUCACUCUCUCGGUAGAACACGAUUGACAAUAUGUAUACUCUUCCGUUUCUUUCGUUGAUUCCAUUAUUUCUUAUUAUUGUAUUGUCAGUCAAUCUAAGAAUAAAUAUCAUUCUGCGGGAUAUUCAUAGGUAUUUUUUUAAGCUACACUCUUCCAUAAUAUACUAUACAUAAUCAGGGCCGGACCAUGCCUUUUAGAAGAACUUAAGAAUUUGGUGCCCUAUAUAUAAAAUAUAAUAAUUAAUAAAAAUGGUGUUUCAGUAGUCAUUUAAGGCCAGGUUACGAUUAAUUUACAUGAUGUUUUUCGAAAGUAAUUUUCGUGCCUACAGACAUUUAUAUAGAAGUUUUCAAUCCGGUUGAUAUUGAAGUACAAAUAUGAACCUCACUUGGCACCCUAAGCACGUGCUUAUUUUGCUCAAUUAUGAAUCAAGCCUUGUACAAUAAUAUAGUUUUAACCGCGAAAACUAGUUGCACCUGACCGUCAAACGAUUUUUUUCGUUCUAUUCUAAUCGGAAGUUAGAAUGCGGGUUGUCACCACGCAACACACUUUAGUUCACAGAAACGAACUUUCAUUCGGCUUCCCUUUUACUAAGCUGAUCACCAUCCAUUCAAUUAUUAAGGAGAGGUCUGAAUUUGAAAAGCGCAACAGACAAUGAUUAAUGAUGAACUGGAACCAGUGAGGUAAUAAAUAAGCAAAUACUUUGCAAGCUACUCUUGCAAGGGGGCUUAUAGUGAACACUGCAGCAGACACACGUUUUUACAAAGUCGCCCGAUUCUGAAUAUAUACAGGGAGCACUAUAUUAGCUAAUGCAGAACGAUUAUAGAUUUGUUGCGUUUCGAUCGAGCUAAAGUUGAAACGUAUUUUCAAGUGACUUUAUCUUCAAUCUGUGACGAGAUGCUAUCUUGUACGUCGUAUCGCAUGUUACGACGUUGGAUUCAACAUUUCACUAAUGUAGUAGUGCAAUGGAAGCAGUAGAAAUUUAUUUUGCGAACAAAUAAUAGUUUUUUAUUAAAUCUGUCGCGGGCCAUGCUUAUCCCAAUAGUAGUUCUUGUUCUUGUUUAUAAUAUUGAAGAAACAAAUGGAAAACAAGUAGUUUACUGCGGAGUCGUAGGAUUUUUACAAUACGGAGACAUUAUAGCUUCGAGUGAACCUCCCUACACAGUGGGCACCGUUCUAGAAUUUGCUUGUGAUAGGGGUUUUAAAGGAAAAGCCAAGAAAAGCAUUUCAUGUUUGAAGAGUGGUCAUUGGUCGGAUCCUGUACCGUAUUGUGCACCUGAUCCAUGUCAAAGAAAUUUGACAAGGGUGGAUGAACGAAGAAAAUGUCGCAAGCCUUGUAUAACUAACCAAAAUUGUCGAGGAGGUUUUAAGCGAUGCUUGUGCGAUGAUUGGUGCGGAAAAUCAUGUUUUAAUCCAGAUGCGGAUUGCGUUGUACCAAAAGUUCCAGAAAAUGGAUACAUUAUCAAAAAUAAAAUAUCAUAUGGAAACACAAUAACGUAUGGGUGCAAUGAAGGAUUUACUCUUGCUGGUCCAAUAACAAGAAGAUGCCAAUCUGACAGGAAAUGGUCAGGGGUCGAACCAAAAUGUGCCGCUUUUAGUUCAUGUGGACAUUCCACCUACGAUACUCAUCCUAAAAUUUCUGGGAAUGUGAUUGAAGGAACAGAUGCUGAGAAUGGGGAAUGGCCGUGGCAAGUUUUGUUGUUCCAUAAGAAUAAAAAACUCGUUAGAGAGUUUUAUGACAGAACAUCUGGAUUUGGUGGUGGAUCAAUCAUCAAUAGCCAAUGGAUUUUAUCAGCUGCUCAUGUAUUUGACAUUCUUCCGUAUCGUAAUCCCGAAAAGUAUUUUUUAAUGGCUGUAGGAAUGACCAAAUAUCCCACCGAGGACCAAGGCAUUCCAGAUCAAAUCAAUUUUUAUGAAGCCGAAAAAAUACAAAAACACCAAGAUUAUGAUUCAUCGACUUUUGACUACGAUAUUGCAAUGAUUAGAGUUGGAAAAAGACUUAAGCGGAAAGGAAAUAUUUUUGUACACGAUAUAGAAGAAAUAGACGGUUCAAUGUCAUUCUCACAGUAUAUUCGUCCGAUAUGUCUUCCGUGCAUGAAAGGCGAUAUGUUGCAAAAAGUUGAUAUUUGGAAAAAUUUCGAUAAAAGGCUUUGUAAUUUGCAAAGUAGAUCGUCAACACCGUAUGGUGUCAGUGCAGGUGAAAAAGCAAUCGUUAAAGGGUUUGGAGAGAAAAGGGAUUUUGAUUCUGAACACCACUACCGACCGAAGUCAUUGCAAAGAGGCGAAUUGGAAAUUCUGGGUGACAACAAAUGUGUCGAUGCGAUAAGAAAAAUCCAGGUAGAAGAUCGUAAUGCUCGAUAUACAAACAGGAUGAUUUGUGCUAAAAGUGCAAAUAAAACUUUAAAAGUUGAUGCAUGCAAAGGAGACAGUGGGGGACCUCUUGUUAAACAGUUGGGGAAAUCGUCGGAUUCCACACAGUGGUUGCAAAUUGGUGUCGUUAGUUGGGGAUGGGAAUGUGGAAAAAAAUAUCCUGGAUUUUACACAUCUGUUCCGAAAUUAAUGCCUUGGAUUUGGAAGACUUUAGACGAUUCUAAAAAUACAGCUAAAAUAGAAAUAAACAACUGCAAACCUAAUCCAUGUAGGAAUGGAGGUCGGUGUGCAACAAAACCAGGAGGGUAUUCGUGUUACUGCUUUAUCGGUUUUCGAGGAACGAAAUGCAUGUCAAACAUAGAUGAUUGCUCACCGAAUCCUUGUAUGAACGGCGGAAUAUGUGAAGACAAAAUCAACGAUUUUGUAUGUAAUUGUGCUGAAGGAUACAGUGGAAAGAAAUGCCAAACUGACAUCAACGACUGCCUUCCAAAUCCGUGUCUAAAUGGGGGAGAAUGCGUCGAUAGAGAAAAUGACUUUUUGUGUUCAUGUGCUGAUGGAUUCGAUGGAAAAAAAUGCGAAAAAGACAUAGAUGAUUGUUCACCGAAUCCUUGCAUGAACCGUGGAAUAUGCAAAGACAAAAUCAACAAUUUUCUAUGUACUUGUGCUGAAGGAUACAGCGGGAAGAAAUGCCAAACUGACAUCAACGACUGCACUCCAAAUCCGUGUCAAAAUGAGGGAAAAUGCGUCGAUAGGCUAAACGACUUUUUGUGUUCAUGUGUUGAUGGAUUUAAAGGAGAAAGAUGCGAAAUAGAAAUAAACUACUGCAAAUCUGAUCCAUGUAGGAAUGGAGGUCUGUGUACAACAAAACCAGGAGGAUAUUUGUGUUUCUGCCGUAACGGCUUUCGAGGAACGCGAUGCGAGUCAAACAUUAACGAUUGCCUUCCCAAUCCGUGUCUUCAUGGUGGAAAAUGUCACGAUAAAGUAAAUGACUUUUUUUGCUCAUGUUUAGAAGGAUACAAAGGGAAAACAUGUGAAACAAGUACAAAUUAUUGUCAGAGCGCACCCUGUAAAAACGAAGGAAGAUGUCAAAACUUACCUAGAGGUUUCGAAUGUUUCUGCCGUGCUGGUUUCAGAGGAAAUACUUGCGAAAUAGAAAGAUAUUGCAGCCCAAAUCCUUGCUAUAAUGGCGGAAAAUGCUACGAAGCUGUUGAUGGCUUUCUUUGCGAAUGUCCUUCUGACUUCAUGGGUGGAAAAUGUGAAGUGGCUAUGGCGUGCAACAGAGAUUUAGGAUUGGUCGAAACAGGUCGUAGAUGUCGCAAGCAGUGCUCAAGAGACAUAGAGUGUGUUGGAUCAAUGAAGAAAUGUCGAUGCGAUGGGAGGUGUGGGAUGUCAUGCUUUAAUCCGGACGCAGAAUGUCCACCAUUAGAAAAUCCAAGGAAUGGAUACGUCGUUGUAGGAAAAGUUACUUACGGAAGCGUUGUCAAAUACGUUUGCAAUGAAGGAUAUACUCUGGUUGGUCCGGAUGAAAGAGUUUGUACUUCAAGCAGAAAAUGGUCUGGGCUUGAACCAGCGUGUGUCGAUUUUUCCGAAUGUGGUGUAACUGGGCCCCUAGAUCCAAACCUUCACUACCAAUUGGCAACCAGACGAGUGAAGAGAGUGGUAGGCGGCGAUGAUGCACCGGACAAUGCUUGGCCUUGGCAGGCAUCGAUUUUAACCGCAGUAGUAGAGUCAGGUAAUAUCAAUGUCGCUGAUACUCUAAAGCGAUGGGAACUGAAGGCAGCUGGAACAAUAAUAAACAAACAGUGGAUAUUAACAUCGGCGCACUUAUCUAGGGACGUGGGCCUGAAAGAUUUUGACCGUCAUUACGUCAUUGUAGUUGGAGUUUCUAGUCGGUCAUCUGUGAAAUACACAAUAAAGGACUCAGUACAAGUGUUCAGCCCUUUAAAAUAUAUUCUGCACGAAAAGUAUAACAAGACCACAUCUGAAAAUGACAUUGGCCUGAUAAAACUUGGUAAAAGACGGCUUCCAAGAUCUACUGUUCCUAUCGUCUAUAUAAAGGAGAUAACGUUUAAUGCUGCUGUGCGACCGGUUUGCCUUCCCUGUACAGAUAAGUGUGUGACGAGUAGCCACAUGGCUGACAAUUUUAAGCGUACCAAAGACAAGCGUUGGUGGGACAAGGAAACGAAAUGUGAAGCAGAGGGUGAUUUCCUCGUGAAGCCAGGGGUUAAGAUUGUUUUAACCGGGUUUGGAAUAAAUGAAACUGAUUACUUUAUUCGUAGUUUUAGGGAUCGUCUUCAACAGGUUGUUUUAGAAGUGGGUGAUAAAAACAGUUGCCAAAAAGGAAUAGACGACAUCAUUUUCUUUCAUAAAGUUGGUUCGUUCGACGUGUAUAAUUCAUCUUUCUGUACCGUUUCACCAAUACCACAUAAAGUAAUGACAGCUUGCAACGGAGAUGGUGGGGGACCUGUCGUGAGGAAGAUAACUCAGAGAGAUGGAAGGGUUUGCUGGGUUCAAGUUGGCAUCAACAGUUUUGGAGCUCAAUGUGAUGGAAAGACACCUGAAUUCUUCACAAAAGUUUCGAGUCAUACAGAUUGGAUAAAAGAAACAAUGCAGAAAAAUUAACCCUGAAAUUUUUUUUUGGAUCUGGCGAGAAUCCGUCCAAACAAUCGUCCAUAUUUUUGUAUCGCUAGAUCUGUCACAGACGUGUGUGUAUGAAUAGAAGCAAGAAUUUAGUACUCAUUUCAUAUGGUACGAUUAUUUUAUGUAUAUUAUUUUCGCAAAAAUCCCCAUUAAAUAUGUAUUUCGUAGAAGCCAACUUGUUUGAAGAAAACAGGCCUCAGCAAGUCGAUGGAGUUGUUGCCAUCCAGGCCUGUAGGGAAUCCAUUUUUAAAAUUGUAUUGCCUUACCGACAACUCCAAGAGUUGCGUACUGGUGGACAUUUGGGUAAAGAACGAACUUAUCAUAAAUUGAGAGAACGAUUUUAUCGGCCUAGAGUGCACAGUCAAGUAUCGUCUUGGUGUCGUUAUUGUAAAGCUUGCACUGCUACCAAAACACCUCAUGGGAAACGACGUGCAGAAAUGUUCUAUAAUAUUGUGCUUUUUGUUUCACUUGUGAUCUGACCGUAAUCUUACUGCAUUAAGAAUUAAGUGUGUACACAUUUAUCUGUAUUUGGAAUUUGGAUCGUGCAUCUUUUCAAUAAUAUACAACAGUUCGACAAUCAACAUCGUGUGCUUAUUAUCGUCUGAGGGAAUCCAGAUUGGAGUCACAUUCCAUAACACGUGAAAUUAAUAACGUGGGAAUCGAACUUUGAAUAUU